AUGUCUGAACAAGAUGCGACAGCUGCAGGUGCGCAGCCCAAGAGCUUACCCCGCUACUUUCGCAACGAUGCACCGUUGGAACGACGAGACCCUCACAAGCAACUGUUAGCGUCGCUAGAUCGACUGAUAACCGAACAUCCACCACACAAAAUCCCGCCCGGCGGCGGGCUAUACUACGGACCCAUUUCUGUGGCUUACUUGUUCUAUGCACUUCAUCUCGAGUACCCGGAUCUCAAGCUCGACGACUACCCACUGAAUACAUGGUCUGCAGCAUACAUCGAGCAGGCGCAAGCCAAUAUCAAAACGUUCUCACCCCCCUCACCGGAUAAUUGUGGCAUAUCAAGCGACAUCACAUCGUUACUGGCCUUGUAUGCCGUGACCGCGAAAGACAAAGACACCGUCCGGGAACUCUGCGAUCUUGCGGCAGUAUUGAUUGAGCCAGAAGCAGCCAACGAGUGGUUGUAUGGUCGUGCUGGCUAUCUGUACAUGCUUCGAUUGGUCCGCGGAGCCUUCAAAGACAGCAAAGAGAUCACAGAGCUCAUCGAAGAUACAGCUGAUGAGGUGAUUGCGAACAUUAUAGAUAGCCCUCGACCAUGGAAGUGGCAUGGCAAAGCAUAUGUUGGGGCCGUGCACGGUGCAAUUGGAAUCAUCACUCAGAUCGUGCUUACCGACAAAUCAUGGGCGCCAAAGCUGCAGGCCGAGUUGACCGUUCUUCUCAGCUAUCAGUACGAGAGUGGCAACUUUCCGUCGUCGCUCCCGCCGGGAAAGGACCGUCUUGUACAAGUCUGCCACGGCGCGCCGGGAAUCGUUUCCUCCCUUCUCUCUAUUCGACCGUAUUUCCCUGAUCUUGUGGACCGCAUCGAUAAGGUCAUAUCGAAAGCCAGGGACUGUAUAUGGGAGCGAGGUCUAUUGACAAAAGAGCCCUGUUUGUGUCACGGCGCCACCGGCAAUGCUUUGGCUCUGGAAGGUGAACAGUUUGAGCACUUCAUGACUUACACAACAGGCCAUGAGAUCAAGUCUAUGGCAAAAGAUCACAUGCUAGAGAAAUCGGAUGACCCUUCAGCGCUAUGGUGCGGUGAAGCUGGGCGUGCUUGGGCUUGGGCGGUGGCCGAUAAGGGAUUGGCGAAGAGGCUUCUUGGCUAUAACGAUAUUUGA